AUGAAUACGACAUCAAGCCCUAAUAUCAGCUGGAACGACGCAAUGCCGUCCAUUACGACUCACUCGACGGACCGGGGCCCAGCGCCGGAGAUGCACAAUGUUCUCGGCUCUCUCUGGCUGCAGGCUCUUCGUGAUUACCAGGUCAAGACUGGAGUUGACCCGAUGAAAGAUCCCCUCAUCUCUGAGCUGGCGGGACUGAACUCGACUGACGAGAUCAUGAACCUUUUCGACGCGAAGAUGCGUCUUUUCCGGGAGUUCCGCGCAAACGACUCGAAGUGGUGCAGCUUCCGGAAUACCUACUUGAAGCCCGCCGUCCAUAGCGUCAUAUUACUUACCGAUGCGCUCUCGGAGCUCGCCUCGUACUUUUCGGUCGUACCCGGCGGGAAAGCCAUCUUCGUGGCGUUCGGGACCCUUCUUAAGGCGACGGAAGGAGUUUCUAAGCGCUAUGAUGCACUGCAGGAACUGUUCGAACAGAUACCCUUCUUUCUCGAGAGCGCAAUUGAGCGCAACUCAACGGCUCGAAGCUGGGGUGCGCCGACUCGUGGUGUUGCCGUGGCGAUACUUGUACAUCUUCUCGACGUCUUCGCUCUUGCAGUUCGUAGAAUGAAUGACAAAUGGCGGCGCCUGAAGGAUUACAGCAAGAGUUUGAUUGGGACCACCGACAUGGAAAGCGCUUUGUCGCGCCUCAAAGAGCUCACUCGUCUCGAGACACGCGCUAUUGCUUCAGAAACACGCGUCGUUGCGGCGACGAUCCUGGCUGAGACUGAGAGAUUAGUGUCAACUAGCCAGGAACAUAAUAUGCUCUUUCGGGAAUUCAUCAAGAAAGCGGAAAGUUCGCAACAUGAAGCCACAGAAGCAUAUAGUCAGGCUCAUGCGGCUCGGGUUCGAUCCGAACAAGAGCUCGGACAAAUUCGACAAUCCCUGGCCGAGUCGGCAGCCAACGCACGACUUGGGAGGUUGGAACGACUAGAUCUUGCCGAUCUCGCCGCACAAGACCGAACCGGCUGCCUUUCAGGUACUCGAGUUGGCGUGCUUGCUACUCUAUCGGCGUGGAGCCAUGAUCCUAACGCGCCCCGGAUCUAUUGGUUGAAUGCUCCAGGACGAACGACUUCUCGGGGGCAGUUUCUUCUGCUCACGUGA